UGCAUGUUCAAGAACAUUCCAUUGCCGGAAUAUGAAUUGUUUGAAGGUCGUCAUGCUUAUGGCUACAUUAGAGGUAUUUAAAUGUGGAAACCCUCGUCACUUGUGCAGUCACUUUUUCAUCUAGGACACUCGCUGAUCGAUAACGAGGGCGUUCCCAGAGAAAGAGCUAAACAUAUCUCUCCGACAUAUACAUUGAGAAACAAAUGCAGACUUUUUAAAUGAGUAAUCAAAGUAAUGAUGCAGGACGAGCUUGGUGGAGUUCAAGGUCAACCAUCUUACGUGGUGGAGCCAUUGCUAUGGCAUCGAUAGUGCUACUUGCGAUAAUGUUCACCGUGUUUGUUGGUCUGGAGAUAGCAGAACGUGAUGACCCUGUCGAGUGCAGCACAAAUCCACAUCUUGAGGGAUUUUAUAUUACUGCCGAAGACCAGAAGCUGCGUGAAGAACUCAGUUACCGUUGGAUUAACCGAAGUGAAGGCGUGUCUGAUGAUGAUUGUAAGAACCGCACAGGGGAUAUGUGUUUAACGAGUGUUCACUACAAUGGAUGUUGCGAAUCAAAACCGCAAUUUGUGGUGGUUGGACAUGUUACAGCGUUAAAUGGAACACAAUACAACUUGGCCCCUGGACAAGUGUAUCCGAAAGAAAAAUGCACACAAUUACCACAUUGUGGCAUGAACUGCAGAUGUACGCUGGUAGACAAUAUGUUCAGAGGAUAUACCGACAACAAGCACACGAAAUGGGUAUUGUUCCUUCUUCCAUCAUGUUGUAAAUGUAUGAAUUAGUGAUAUACCCGUAAGCAUUACGGACAAACAUCCUUUUUGUAGUGAAUCAAAAAACGGAUAGCAUACAAACAGUAUGAAAAUACUUCUUUCCUUAUACUACGAUUGGAAAGCCAAUCUUUUACCUUCUGUAAGCUUAACAGUAGGCCCAAUGGUUUCUUUGUUAGAUUUUGGUGUGGUUUUAUUUACGUAACAUAAGACCUAAAGUUUUACCUUGACAUGAAUCAAUUCAUAGCGUAAACAUUAAGAGUUCACAAGAUCUUACUGAUCACUGCUAUGUGUAUAGUUGUUUCGCUAAAAGACAUGCUUUUUUGAGUGAACAUGUUUAUAUGAUAGCAAAACAUGGAUAAAUAUAUUAACACCCUAUUAGUUAUUGUGGAUUUUUAUAAUCACUGCUAUGUGUAUAGUUGUUUCACUAAAAGACAUGCUUUUUGACUGAACAUGUUUAUGUGAUAGCAAAACAUGGAGUAAUAUAUUAACACCCUAUUAGUUAAUCGUGGAAUUCUUUUAAAAAAAAACCAACAUCAUUCAGAAGUGUCAACAAAAACACAAUUAAAACUAUAAACAAACAUGAUGAAAAGCAAAUACGUUUCACAUACUAAAUUGGCUGGAACAUAUGCAAGGGACAUGUUGACGUCUUAUUUAAAAAAAAAACACUAUGUUAAAUAGUGAGAGAUUGUUGUCAUGGCUUUUGCAUUAAUACUAGAAGAAAUAAACGUGAACACAAAAACGCCAUUUAUCGUAUCAUCAUUUGAAAAUAACUUUUAUGCAGAGCUACAUUCAUGAGUAUUGCUUAUACUGUUGUGUAAAACUAGUUUUAUGUGUCCAUUUGUGAAUUGAUAUGAUACUUUCGUAGACAAUCGUACAUGUAUGUAAGCUAUAUAUUGUAUUGUGACUCUGGUUUAGCUUCAUUAAUGACGAUACAUAUGAAAUGUUUGAAAAGUAUUGUAAAUUCGCUGCUGGUGGAAUAUUGUUUUAUACUAGAAAUGUAAUACAAAAAUCAUAAUAAAGAAAACUAUUACGACAUUCUGUAAAUAAUAUUUGAAGUUGUUUGUUCAUUAGUGUGUUUAUUGAUAAUAAGUAAUUGUUAUACCGUACAUAUUGUCUCCCCAAAUUGAUUAAUUUCAUACUGUGUAAGAGUUAAACAUAUUAAAAGUCACAGCAUCUCUGUGGAUUGUACAUAUGGAAUGAAAUGUGAAUAAAAAUAG